AUGGUUAGUGAGAUGGACUAUGACGCCAAAGGUCUGGGUGUACAACAUAUUCCAGAUUGUGGUCAUCAAUUGUUUAUAAUAAGUCGCAAAGGUGGAACCCUUUUGACAAUAAAUGACUACAUCUAUCGGUCCAAUCAGAGAAGACAUGGACCAAGAAGUGAUAAAAUUUAUUGGGAAUGCAUUCAUAAUCGUUCCAAAAAAUGUCGCAGUCGUAUCAAAACGAUUGGAAAUGAUUUGUUUGUUACAAAUGAUGUACAUAAUCACUAUUCUGACAGUCGAAGAAUUGAAGUGGCUAAAAGGGCUGGUAUGUUAAUUUUUAAGAAAUUCAGUGCAUUGGGUAAUAUUCAACAAAAUAAAAAUUAUUAAAAUUUUGGCUUUUAUCUGUGUGGCGUAAUAUAAAUUUACUUUUUGAAAUAAGUUGUUUUUAAGUAUAUAUUUUAUUUUUAGUUUCAGUUGAGUUAUUAUAUUUUUGUAUAAAUAAAUAAGGUUCGAAUAAAAAAAUAUAAAAUUA